ACAACGUUGUUAUGACUAACCUCGUCAGUCACCCAUCGAUUAGACUCCAAUACAGAGCCAUCUGCUGCCUUACAACGAAACAGCCGGCAUCCUGCCCAUGGACCAGAUCCUGCAACUCGUCAACGCCCAACAAAGCUCUAGAGGCAACUAUGCAUGUUCAGCGAUAAACUCCGAGGGAGAAACUUACAGUGCACCACUGGAACUGAAAGUUCAAUAAAACAUCAAGGGAGUCAGGUUAUGUCAACAACUCGUCGGCCAACGCAUAGAAC